AAACGUUUUCAUAGGCGUAUGUGUCGUCUCAUUUUUUUUUCGCGAUUAUCACACGUCACGUAGGGGCGUGGAAGAGAACGCUGUUCCUUGCCAAUAACUGUAUAAGUUGCUGAUUCGUUGCGAGAGCUCUUGCGAAAAGACCACGGGAAAUUGCACAUCUUCGUGAAGGAAUCAGAAUCACCUCUUUUUUUGUUGGUUAGUGCAGGCGAAUGUACUAUAUCGUAAAAAGGAACUCAGCGAAACUUGACGGCUCAAAGAAAGCGGCGAGCGCUUAGUAUCGUCCUCUAGACUUGGAAGCGCAGCUCUCACGAAGACACAGUGGAUCACGGCGGCGCAUCUAUGGACCUGUAUUAAGACAGCACUGAAGCUCAUCAAAACUCUAUCAAAAGCAAGUUUCGGACGUGUAGAACGUUGUUGCGCAUACAAGCGAAGUAAACAGAUAAGUGCAAGCUCUAAAUUCUGAACAAGCUACCGAAAAAAGGUAAUUGAAAUUUCGAGGAGAAAAACUGGACAUACGGAAACUGCAAUGUGGUUGCUGUCAUUCUGCGUGCUCGUGAUUCCUGGUGUCGCCCUCAGUGCCAGCCUCCCCGGUGGCUUUUACCGAAGACGAGUGGAUGCUGAUCCCAUCUACAAGCAGAUGGCACACUUCGCAAUAGCGGAGCACACUGCAAACCACGAAUACUUCGACACGGUGCUGGACCUCUUCCAGGUAGACGUUCAGAGCGCCGCUGGCUUCAACUACAGGUUGAAGUUUACUACGGCGGAAUCGAUAUGUAGAGGAACGGACACAUACAGCCCCAACACCUGUCAGCCAAAGGUUAAGGAG